GGCUUCCACACCGUUUUACAAAGCAGCUUUUGAUCUUUGACUCCAACUUCAUUUCCUGCCGAACUUGUCCUUGACUUUACUAGUCAUGGCAGAUAUCAAACCCAAGGUUGCCGUAUACUACGACAAGGAGGAGUCUCCCAACAUGCUCAGCCUUGAGGAAUUAUCCUUGUUAAUGAAACAUGUCAACAUCGAGGGCGACGAUGCUAGUGAUGGAUCGGAAAGCGAAGAAAGUGGUGUCAUCGUCCCGGAGGAAGAAGAUACGGAAAAGACGAACACCCCUAUAGGAUCCAUCAGCGAGGUCAAGAACAUCUACAAGUCUUCCAAGGACAAGGACGGCAUGUGGACGUGGGUCAACAAGUACCCGGAGGACGUAGCGGAACCAGCAGAGAAUGCUGUGACGGACACUUAUGCCGUGCUCGUGCGCAACGUCAAGAGCCAGGACGGCCGCAAGAAGCUCGAGGCUCAUUCCAUCGUCGUGCAGAGCCCCUGGCUGCAAAAGGCCCUUGGCGAUGUCAUAUUGAAGGACUACCCUGGUGUGGCGUGCGAGCUGAAGCGUCUGACUUUUGAGGCUCCCUUCAAGCCCUUCAUCCACCGGUGGUUCGAGCUUCUCGAGUACAUGAAGCGCCCUGAUCUGGACCCAAAGACCAAGGAGCAUCUCGUUGUUCUGCAUGACAUACUCCAGUAUGAGAUUGGUGACAGCAUCAAGGCUUAUGAGGACUACGUUCUCAAUGGUGUCGUUACUUUCGAACAUCUGUGGAUGAUCUUCCAGCCUGGCUCCGUCGUCCUCGCUGCCCAUAAAGGACCGCUCUCUGCUUUUGAGCUGGAAGAAUCUGAGUACCUGGAGAAUAAGUGCGGGAGGUUCCUUGCUCUUUUUGCCGACUGCGUUGACUACAGCGGAAAGGCGUUUGGCCGCGUGACAGAGCGGAUUGAUGUCCCGGAAUUCAUCGGCAUCAAGAAGAUCACUGGCCUGAAUGCCUUCCCUCUAUCUUUCCAUGAGGAUGAGAAAGGGAUAACAGCAAGCCUGAUAGAGAGGGGUAGUAUUUUUGAAAAGCUGGCAGGACACCAUUACAAAGCUUAUGAUGGCACUGCGAUCACUUGGGACCAGCAGAACAAUGAGGUCCCGAUCCAGCUCAGCGGUCGCGUAGUCGUGGACAUCCAUUCCUUCAACCGCAGCAACAUGUGGCGUCGGCGCCGGCCGUCUGAUUGGAAAGCCAAGGACCUGGAGCGUCUAUAUGAACACCGGCGGCAGCACGGCCUCUCCGAGCAUGGCCAUCUCAGGCUCACGCCGUACUACCAGAUGCUCGCACGCUCUCGCACUCGCGGCUAUUCUCUCAAGCGCAAGGAGUGGCUCGAGUUCUACGUCGAGCAAGUUGAUGAUAUAAAGUGGAACGAGGACGCUUUCGAAAAGCUCGUGCUGCCAGACGACCAGAAGGAGCUCAUCAUGGCCUUCUCAGAGUCUCAACUAGACGGAGGGGACACCUUUGACGACGUCAUCUCGGGCAAGGGCAAGGGCAUAAUCUGCCUCCUGUCCGGCCCCCCAGGCGUAGGCAAGACGCUGACGGCCGAGGCGGUCGCCGAGAACCUCCGCGUGCCGCUGCACACGCUCAGCUCGGGCGACCUAGGCUCCAAGCCGUGGGAGGUAGAGCAGGGCCUGUCGCAGAUCCUCGAGCUGGUCGCGCGGUGGAACGCCAUCCUGCUGCUAGACGAGUGCGACGUCUUCCUUGAGGCGCGGUCUACACACGACCUCGAGCGCAACAAGGUCGUCUCCAUCUUCCUGCGCACCCUCGAGUACUACGAGGGCAUCUUGUUCAUGACCACCAACCGCGUGGAUAACAUCGACCAGGCGUUUCAGUCCCGCAUCCAUGUCUCGCUCGAGUACCCGGACCUCACGGCCGAGUCGCGCGCUCACAUCUGGCGCAAUUUCCUCUCGGCCGCCAAGCAGAAGCCCGAGGUCACAGACCAGGAUGUGGAGCAGUUGGCCAAGCUGGAGCUCAACGGCCGCCAGAUCAAGAACAUACUCAAGACGGCCCAGCUCUUGGCGAGACGGAAGAAGAGUGUGCUCAAGCGAAGCUUCAUCGAGACGGUUCUGGGGAUCGAGAUGCGUCGACCCUCUGUCGACGGCACUGCUGAAUGGAUUGGGAAGACGGGCGUCAAGCAGAUCGUCAGUUAGACGCUGCCCAUGUAGGCCCAGGGUGUCGAAAUGUUGUGCGGUGCACAUGUGAGUUUUCGAAGGUUCUCAUGAAGCGAUAUUCUAGAUAGACGAAUAGGAAGUCACAUACUGCCGCUGAAGUCGCCAAGGGGCGUGACUCCAGAUGUCGGCCGACAACGUCAUCUGCGAAGAGUCCAUCGGGGAUGGCAUCCACUCCGCCCUGCAGGAAAACCAGGUUGUUCGGAAAGGUGGUUACGUUGUAGAUCUUGUUGAUGGUGUCGAGAUUACGCUGUUGGAAGGCAGAAGCAUCCCGAGACAGCUGAUAGGAAGUCAAUCCCAUCACUACUGAGAGCAGAAGGAAAACAGACAACAGUUUGGAGAUCAUUUUCGAUCCGCGAUUAUUUUUCGGCUGUUCAGGGUCUGAUGUUGUCGGUUGAGGGAUCAAUCAGC